GUUCUUGACGUCAGCACCCUCGUCAUGGACGUGAACGAGGUGAUCAAGAGAGCCAAGAGAGCUUUUGACGGAUAUAUUUCGUACCGCAAAGCCGUCUUGGUCGUGCUGGUGAUUCUGGUGAUCUUGCUGUACAGCGGCCCAUCACUCUUCCGCCUCGUCACCAACCGCAGGCCAGUUCUGGCAGGUGAGGACUCAGCUAGCCGGAGCCUGUCAUUGCGGCUGGACCACUUCUGGCAGGCGGUGCAGGACCACGAUGCACACAUCCUACAUGUGCCGCCGCUGCCCGACGAGGAGCCCUUCCUGCCUUAUGUGGGGAAUGGGCUGCUGGGCGUGUCGCUCGACCAGGAAAGCCCUAUCUACAUCCGUAGCGGCAGGACGCUCUCACUGCCUGUUAACUACCGUCCCAUCACACUUGUGUCUGUUGAUGGAAUGAGUGUGAAGGAGGCCAUAGUAACAGAGUACACGACGGGCACGGUGCACCGCCUGCAGUCAUGGGACCAGCCAGGCAUUGGGCCCCUCGACGUCACUUACAAACUGUAUGCCCAUCGCACUAUACCCUCGCUCCUCCUUCAGGAUAUUAAGAUCACAAACCCUACGGACCAAGAUGCGAUUGUGGACGUGGAGCAGAUGGGCCUCGGGGACUGGCCCUCGGCAGCCACUGAGGCCAUCAAGCUCCAGCAUGGGGAGGGGGAGCAUGAGUAUGUGGUCAUCUCAGGCAGCGUGGAUGUGCCAGACUCCAAGAGUGUGGUGCCUGUGGCCCUCAUAACCCUCAAAGUACCCUCCAGUCUGCAGAUCAAGUCGAAAAUGUCUGCGACGUUGCAUGUGGUGACUGCCCUCAACUACUCUGACCCGAUUCCUCGCAAGGCAUACAUUUCCUCUGUCAAGAAUAGGGCCUCUGAAGCUGCGCUGGCUGUGCUGAAACGCGCGGUGACAGGCAACAUCAAGCGGUUGCGGACAGACCACUCGCUCGUGUGGAAGGACCUCUGGUCGUCGGGCUUCUUCAUCAGCCACUCCAAGGCAGAAAGUGCACUCAAUGGCAACCUCAUCAAUGCCACGCUCUAUCAUGUGCUGUCACAGGCUAGGGCACCGCUACACGAGGUGACAACCACAGACGAGCAGAGGGCAUCCAUCCUGACGGACAUCGCGUACGCAGAGGGCUGCUAUGGGGGCCACCAGACGCUGGAAGCAGAGCGUCUCUGGUCUUCCCUGGAUACAAUUACCAAUGUCAACAAGGUUGUGGGCUACUGGAUGGUCACCUUGGAGAAGCAGGGCUGCCACCAGCUUGUACGUGCCGGGGCAAAUGGUGUGAUGCAGGCCAUGCUGCUGAGCUUUGGGGGCCUGCGCUUCAAGAACCAGCACCUCGAAUUCACUGCGCAGCCCAAGGAUCUGCACAGAGACUACCAUUUUAGGAGAAUAAGCUAUGGUAAUGCAACACACCUCAACUUGACGGUGGUGGUGCAGGAGGAGGACUAUAAGGCAGUGGUGUAUGUGGCCGUCGACCGUUCAGACCGCAGCUAUUACGCCUGUGAUGCCGGCUGCCUCGACCAGCUCGUGGAACUGCGGCAAGAGAAGCAGAUGUUCCCAGUAAAGCUGACGGAGCCCGUGACUCCCAUCUUGUACAUUACAUCAGACCGAUCACACUUGGAGGAACUCAAGCACACCAUCCAUGUGAAGGAGAUUGCUUUGGCUCCCCCACAUGAGCACCAUGUGAUUGCCAUGCACAAACACGGCCACAAGUGGGGAGGGUUGCCCACAGUCUUCUGGCUCACCAUUGUGGCUCUCAUCGUCAUCUUCCACCUGUUCCUUAUCAAACUUGUCAUUAAUGAGUACUGUGGUGGUGACGUCAAGGUCAGAUACAGAUUCUUAGAGAAGGAAAUUAGUGUGAUUUCGGCAGGUUCCGUGUCAAAGUUAUCGGACUUCUAACUACAAUAGAAAUGUGAAGAUACUGUGAAUAUACAAAAAUGAAAAGCCAAGAAGAAAAAUGGAAAAAAAGAAAAUAUGUAUAAAAGAGGUUUGUAAAGUGUGUAUAAUUCCAGAUGAACACUCCCAUGACGGUUGUAUUUUUUGUACACAGAAUAAUCCCGAUGUAAAUAGGUAUCAUUGAGUGUUUUGGGUGAACAGAAUCCAGGGUUUUUCUCAUUUUUAUUAUAAUGAACAUGUAAUUUGUAAUGUUCACAUGCUGUUUCUUUUUUUUAUAGAUCUGUGUGUUGUUUUUGAUCAUACAAUCCAAAUGCAAGAUUUGUAUUUUACAGACACAUGCAUGCACACCAACACCCCACACAGCCCCAUCCACCCACCCACCCACCCACACACACACACACAAGCACAUGCAAACGCACACACACACACACACAAACA